ACCUCUCCUCCUCCAGUCAGACAUAUGAGGUGAACCUGCUGUGCUCGCGGUCACAGUGGCUGCAUUGUGGUGGUGGUCGGCUAACGGUGGUACGUUGUCUUACGAUGGUAUCAGCUAGCCUGAUGGCUAGUUAGCCGUUUGAUACCGCAGCCUUUACGAGCUUCAGGUAGCUCGCCGGGUGUGUGGCUGAGGCCGAUGCUGCUGGCGGAGGAGCAGGAGGAGGAGAUGUGUUUAUUGUCUUCCAUCAUGUCGAAGCCGUUCCGUUAUUUUUAGCUAGCACCGCAGGCUAGCGCAGCUAACAGCGGCGAGCAGAGCGUGACUAAUCGGUGUGUGUGAACCCUCAGUACUCAUGGAGCAGUGGCAGGCCGCGGCCUCUCAGCAGGCCACGCUGCUCACGAACCGUCUCAAUGAACUGCUGUCCAAAGGCCUGGGGCUGCUGCGCUCCGAGCUAGGUGUGGAUUUGGGGCUGAAGCCUGAGCUUAUCCCGCCGUGGGUGAUCCUCUUAGCGGCAUGUACCGGGCUGGUGCUGAUGGUCGCCCUGUGGGCCUCAGCCUGCCGGGCUCUCUUCAAAACACGACCCGCUGCAAGCACCGUGGACGACGGCGUUGAAGCGAAGCGGGCCGUGAGCAAACCCGUCAAGUCCGAAGAACCGAAGAAAAAGAAGAAGAAGGCAGAAAAGAAAGCCCAGUCAAACGGGAGAGCUGGUGCUGAACCGCAGGAAGAAGCCAUAGUGUCGGAGGAGAUAGUGCCACAUCACCAGCCGCCCCCACCAGAAGUCAAGGCUGAAAGGACUGCUGAGGCAAAGAAGUCCAAGAAAAAGGCCAAACAGGCUGUAAAGGAGACCAAGACAGUGACUGCAGAUGGCAAAGAACCAGAAGAAGGCACGUGGGAAACCAAGGUCAGCAACAAGGAGAAGCGUGAACAGCGCAAGAAGGACAAGAGUUCCAGUGAUGGCUCGGCCAGUCCUGGAGGAGGGGACACACCCGUGAGCACUCCUCCAGAGCAGCCCAAAGCCUCCGCAGCCCCCGCACCCGCCAACCAGAAGAAGAAAAAAGCUGAGUCUACAAAAGCGAAGGCAGAGAAGGUUGAGGCUGUUGUACCUCAAGUGAACAACAGUGAGGUGGCAGUGGCGUCUGCUGCUGUGACUGACAUGGCUGUGAAGGUCCCUACUCACAGCGUUGUUCCAAAGACGGGCCCCUGGACGACCAGUAGAGAGCCAGCGUCACUGUGGGGAGGAGAUAUCGAUGGGUCGUGGACUGUGAUUGAGCCAGAGAGGAAUCUGGUGUCUUUAGCUGGACUGAGUGCUGGUACAGCUGAGCCUGUGAGGGACCUGCCAUGGCUCAGUCAGCCCAGAGUGGACGACGAGUGGUCUGGACUCAAUGGUGGCUCAGUUGACCCUAGCUCUGAUUGGAACGCCCCCUCUGAGGUCUGGGGCAACUAUGAAGAGCCCACUCCUGAGCCCCCCGCUGCUAAGGAGCAGCCCCUCCCUGAGCCCGCCAAGGUCAAUCUGCUGAUUGCAGCAGCUGAUGACGAUGACGAUGAGAAGGACAAAGGAGAGACUGCUGCUGAUGGUGCAGCCAAAACUAAAAAGAAGAAGAAAAAGAAGAAGAAGGCUGCCGAGGAAGCAGCUGGCCAGGGCGAGGAGCCAGAGAAGGAGGCGGCACCUGCAGCCUCGGUGAAGAAGCAGCCACCUGUUCAGGAGAAUACUGCUGCCGUCCAGCCUGUCAAAGCAGCUGCUGUUGAGGCCAGAGUGGAGCAACCAGUGAAGGACAACAUAACCCAGAAACCCCCUGUCACACAAGUGCCACAGAAGCCAACUGAUGGUGAGCCCACUGCCAAGCAGAACAACGUUUCUGCUCCAACACAACAAAAAAAACCUGAGGAGAGCCAAGUGCCCAAGCCGGCAAAGAAGAAGAAGGCGAGGAGAGAGACAUGAGAUCGAGUCCAGUCUGCAGACCUCUGUAUGCAAAAGACUUCAUAUCCUGUUUAUGCAACACCUUUUGUGACAAGAACUUUGAACUAAGGUCUUCGUGAUGGACUUAAAAACCUUUAAAACCUGUCUGGAAAUUGAAACAACUUUUAUACAUGUUGAGUGUCAGCCGAGGAUCAUUGAAAACUGAACCUAGAUGCAGUGCAAUCUAAUGUAAUGCGGUGUUAAUGAUUUUUAAGUAUGCAUUUGAUACUCUUGAUUCUGUCUUCUAAUUCCACUGAAUCAAAUAACUGAGUGAAAGAGCUGUAUUGUAGUAAUUAAUUAGACAUGUAGAAAAUACUGAUCACGUUUAGAAAUUUGGUGUCGUGGUGGCUAACGACUGGAACUUACUGUGUAUAGAAUGAAAACGGUCAACAUGCAUCAGGUCACACAACACUGGGCCAUAAUGAUGAACUGGCCUUUUUGCUUUUGCAGUCUUUUUAUUUUUGCUCGUACAUUUGUGAGCCACGAUGGUACAGCGAGCGCGGAAGUUUGGAGAGAAGGAGCAGCGCUAUCAAGUUUAUUUCACGGUUUUGGCUCAACAGGGUGUAAAACACAUGUGACUUAAGUGAGACAUGAGCACUGCUGGCUGCAGAAAAGGGAAUCAUGUCUGCUCUGUAUUCUUAUCUGUGACUACAACAUUUCAAUUGACUCAGUCCACCUGGUUUGUCCCUUGUCUGAUGUUGUACUGCUGUGUUCCCUUGCUGUUUUUACUAUCUGUGACUGCUUUGUGGCUGGAGCCGCGUGGGAGCCUCUGAUCGUAGAUGUACCAUUGCAGUGUCAUCAGCAUCGUCAUGAUUUUCCACCUGUGGUUGAUGCGAAAGUCUUCAGAACCUUUUGUAAAACCUGUUUGUAAUAAAAGAAAAGCUAAAGCCAUAUGUAAAAAGACUAAAUAAAGGCCAGUUUUUCUAGA